AUGGGCUGUGGCUCCUCCAAGCCCGAAUCUGUUGCUACAGAUCACAAGCAGCAGGAGGCAGGAGGAAAAGGUCAGAACGAACGGCAGGAGCAGAAGAAGCAGAAGGAGGAGAAGAAAACUCCGCGUAAGCCGGAGGAAACUGAGCACACGACUGAGCAGACAGCCGAUGACUUGCUCAAGAUGUUCGAGGCCCAGCGGCAAGAGGCGUUCGCUGAGGAGGAGAGUGGACCAGGAGAGCAGGAGGGUCCUGUUGUGGACGAGCAUGCAGAACUUAUGAAGCAGUUCGAGAAGGAGAGGGAGGAAGCGUUCUUGGCUCGCGUCCCCUCCUUUGGCGUCGAUCCUGCCGUUAUUGAGCAGGGGAUGAGUGCCAGCGAGAACCAGCAUGUGAAGGAAGGGAGCGCGGGAGCAGAAGUCAAGGCGGAGGGGGAGCGAGGUGCAGAGCCACCGAACGAGGAGGAGAUGACGAUGCAGGAUUACGUGAGGCAGGCGGAGGAGGAGGAGCUGAGACGGCAGGAGGAGGAGCAUCAGCAGUGGCAGCACCUUCACGAGCCGAUGUUGGUGAGAAUCUUGUCGGUCAACGACGUGUACGAGCUCGACAACUUGCCCCACCUGGCGACGGCAGUGAAGGCGAAGCAGCACGGGGCGAGGACGAUCUUCGUGCUCCCCGGAGACUUCCUGGCGCCUUCGCUGCUGUCAUCCCUGGACAACGGGAUGGGGAUGGUGGAGUGUCUGAACGCUUGCGGGGUGGAGCUAGUGUGCUUCGGGAACCACGAGACGGACGUCCCCCACCCAGAGCUGAUCAGCCGGAUACUGCAGUCUUCCUUCCGUUGGGUCAACUCGAACAUGACGGACAUCCAACUGGGGAAGGGGGCGGACAGAACCAGCGAGUUCGAGAUCAUUGAGGUGGAGAGCGGGGGUAAGAGGAGGAGGAUAGCGUUCCUGGGGCUCCUCACGGAGGACAAGGCGCUGUACCGACCCGGGGCGUUCAACAACGCGAGCAUUGAGCCGGUUGAGGAGGUGGCGGAGAGGCUGCUGAAGAGGCUGUAUGAGGAGGAGGAGGUGGACCUUGUGGUCCCACUCACCCACCAGGUCGUCGGGAAGGACAGGGAGCUUGCCAGGAAGAUGGGCUCGCGUCAAACUUUAAGCUCAAUGUGA